GUCGAGCUGCGCAUCCUCCGCCGCCGGUUCUUCAUCACAUCCAAGGGAUUCUUUGGGCUGGGGCCGAGAAACGCAAAGCCAGGGGAUGCCGUCUUUAUUCUCUACGGCUGCAGUGUCCCUGUUAUCCUAAGACGCAGUAGGGAGUUCUGGACGUUCAUAGGCGAGGCGUUCGUUGCGGGCAUCAUGGAUGGCGAAGUCAUUCAG